AUGAGAGAUCAUGACUUUGGACGGAGCGAGCUGCCGGGGUCAGAGGUCAAACCCUGCCAGGAUGCGUCGGGUGUGUGUUCGGACAGAUCAGCUGGUUGCCAUGGUGAAGAGUUGGAGGAGGGCGGAGCUACAGACCAAAACAAAGCAGGUGGAGACAGGCGUGCUCACCCCGUCGACAGCGCCGGUCUUUUCUCCUUCAUGACGUUUCAUUGGCUGACUCCUCUGGCGGUCCUCGCCCGCCGGAAAGGACGCCUCCUAUUGGACGACAUCUGGCCCGUGUCACCGCGGGAGGGUUGCCAUGCCAACAGCCUGAGGUUGGCGUCUCUGUGGGAAGAGGAGCGGAGGUCAAAGGGCAGCGAGGCGUCUCUGGGCUCCGUGGUCUGGUCCUUCUGCCGGACCCGACUCCUGCUGUCCAUCCUCUGCCUCACCGUCACCCAGCUGGCAGGGUUCAGCGGCCCGGCCUUCGUGGUGAAGCGGUUGCUGGACUACUCCGAGCAGCAGGAGGCUGAUCUGGGCUUCGGGCUGCUGCUGGUUCUGGGUCUGCUGGGGACGGAGCUGGUCCGGUCCUGGUCUCUGGCUCUGACCUGGGCCCUGAACUACCGGACCGGGACGCGGCUCCGAGGGGCCGUCCUCAGCCUGGCGUUCACCAAGAUACUGCGGCUCCGCAGCGUGAGGGACAAGUCCAUGGGACAGCUGGUGAACAUGUGCUCCAGUGACGGCCAGCGGAUGUUUGAGGCAGCAGCGGUUGGCAGUCUGCUGGCUGGCGGCCCCCUGGUGGCGGUGCUGGGCGUUGCGUACAACCUGUUCAUCUUGGGGCCGACGUCUCUGCUGGGCUCGGCCGUCUUCAUCCUGUUCUACCCCACCAUGAUGUUCAGCUCCAGACUGACGGCGUACUUCAGGAGGAAAGGCGCCGCCAUCACCGACAGACGAGUGCAAAAGAUGAACGAGAUCCUCACCUACAUCAAGUUCAUCAAGAUGUACGCCUGGGUCAAAGCCUUCUCUCAGGACGUCCACCGGAUCCGCGGGGAGGAGCGCCGGAUCCUGGAGCUGACCGGUUACUUCCAGAGCAUCACGGUCGGCGUGGCUCCCGUUGUCGUGGUGAUCGCCAGCGUGGCGACGUUCUCCGCUCACAUGUUGCUAGGAUACGACCUGACAGCCGCUCAGGUGCCCUUCACCGUUGUGACGGUCUUCAACGCCAUGACCUUUGCCCUAAAGGUCACGCCUUUCUCUGUGAAGUCUCUGUCGGAGGCGUCUGUGGCCGUGGAGAGGUUCAAGGUGAGGCUCAGUCUCUUCCUGUUGCCGGAGAUCGACGGCGUCCGGGCGUUGCCUGGCGAUCCUCAGGUUGCCGUGGAGAUGAGUGGAGCCAGUCGCUGGGAAGGAGGCGGGCAGAGCGCCCAGCCGAGCCCGUCUGUCCGAGCAGCGAGAGACAAGAGCAGAGGACAGAGUGGCCCUGCAGGAGGAGCAGGAGCAGAUGAGGAAGAGGGGGAAGAAGGCGAGGAUGUGGAGGUGUUACCCCCCCUCCUCUGCCCGUCCCCUCUGGUGUCUCCUCGACUGCAGAGCACUCUGCACCACAUCGACCUGAAGAUCCAGCAGGGGCAGCUGGUUGUGUGUGUGGAAGUGUCGGCAGUGGAAAAAACGUCUCUGAUCUCGGCCAUCUUAGGACAGAUGACGGUGUUGGAGGGCAGCGUGGCGGUCCGAGGACGGCUGGCCUACGUGGCUCAGCAGGCCUGGAUCCUGAACGCCUCGCUGAGAGAGAACAUCCUGUUUGGGCGGGAAUACCAGGAGGACAGGUAUCAGGCGGUGCUGAACACCUGCUGCCUCAGACCGGACCUCGCCCUGCUGCCCAACGCCGACCUCACAGAGAUUGGCGAGCGCGGCGCCAACCUGAGCGGCGGGCAGCGGCAGCGAAUCAGCUUGGCCCGUGCCCUGUACAGCGACCGGGACGUCUACAUCCUGGACGACCCGCUCAGCGCCCUCGACGCACACGUAGCCAAUCACAUCUUCCACAGCGGCAUCAGGAAGCUGCUGCGCCAAAAGACCGUCAUCUUCGUCACCCACCAGCUGCAGUACCUGGUGGACUGUGAUGAUGUCAUCCUGAUGAGGGAGGGCAGUAUAGUGGAGCAGGGUAACCAUGACGACCUGAUGAAACUGAACGGAGACUACGCCUCCAUGUUUAACCACUUCCAGCUCGGAGAGAGCCCAUAUAUAGAGGCUCCCAGCAGGAAGUGUGGUGGCUCUCAGAGGAAGUCAGCUGACAGUAAACCAGGAUCAGUGAAGAAGAACGCUGCGGUCAUCAAAGAUAACGCGUUGGGGGAGGAGCAGCAGAUCGGGGGGGUCGGCUGGCCCGUGUUUCGGCUCUAUGUGACCUCCUGCGGUGGCGCCUCCUCCUGCCUCCUCAUCCUCGCUCUGUUUGUUCUCAACGUGGGGAGCUCCUCCUUCUGCCAGCUGUGGCUCAGCUACUGGAUCAACCAGGGCAGCGGGAACAUGACGGUAACCGGGGGCAACAGUUCGGCAGUGAGCCUGAGCAUGAAGGACAAUCCCAUGAUGCAACAGUACGCCGCCAUCUACGCCUCCUCCAUGGGAGUCAUGCUCCUCUUCAAACUCCUCCGAGGAGUCGCCUUCGUCAAGGGAACGCUGCGCGCCUCCUCUAAGCUCCAUGAUGAUCUCUACCAUAAGAUCCUCUGUUGUCCAAUGAGCUUCUUCGACACGACGCCGACGGGCCGGAUCCUGAACCGCUUCUCCAAAGACCUGGACGAAGUCGACACUCGUCUGCCGUUCCGCGAGAUGUUGAUCCACAACGUGAUCCUGGUGUUCUUCUGCCUCGCCGUCAUCAGCUGCGUGUUUCCAUGGUUACUGGCGGCGGUCGCUCCUCUGGUGCUGAUGUUCGCCGCGCUGCACUUCGUCUCCAGAGUCUUCAUCAGGGAGCUGAAGCGUCUGGACAACAUCACCACCUCCCCCUUCAUGGCCCACAUCACCUCCUCCAUACAGGGGGCUCCCCACACUGCAGGCCUACGACCCGGGGGGACCGACUUCCUACUCAGGUACCAGUCUCUGCUGGAGCAGAACCAGGCUCCGCUCUUCCUGUUCAGCUGUGCGAUGCGCUGGUUGGCGGUCCGGUUGGACCUGAUCAGCGUCGCUCUGAUCAGCAUCACGGCUCUGAUGAUGGUCCUGAUGCACGGGCAGAUCCCCCCCGCCUACGCCGGCCUCGCCAUCUCCUACGCCGUGCAGCUGACCGGUUUGUUCCAGUUCACGGUGCGUCUGGCCUCUGAGACCGAAGCUCGGUUCACCUCAGUGGAGAGAAUCCACCAUUACAUCCAGUCUCUGUCCCAGGAGGCUCCGGCCCUCAAAGGUCGCGCCCCCCCCGCUGACUGGCCCCAGCAGGGGGAGCUGGAGUUCAGGGAGGUUCAGAUGAAAUAUCAGCAGAACCUUCCUCUGGUCCUGAACCGCUUCUCCUGCUCCAUCAGGCCCAAAGAGAAGGUCGGCAUCGUGGGACGCACCGGCUCAGGGAAGUCGUCUCUGGGUGUGUUGCUGCUGCGGCUCGUUGAGUGCUCUGGAGGAUCCGUUCUCAUCGACGGCGUCGACAUCAGCGACGUCGGACUGAACGACCUCCGCAGCAAACUGUCAAUCAUCCCUCAAGACCCGGUUCUGUUCAGCGGCUCACUCAGGUUUAAUUUGGACCCGUUUAACCGGCACACAGAGGAGCAGAUCUGGGACGCUCUGCAGAGGAGUCACAUGAAGGAAUGUGUUUCCCAGUUGCCCCUGAAAUUGGAGUCGGAGGUGGUUGAGAACGGUGAGAACUUCUCAGUAGGAGAGAGACAGCUGCUGUGUGUCGCCAGAGCGCUGCUGAGACGUUGCAAGGUGCUGAUCCUGGACGAGGCCACAGCUUCCAUGGACGCUGAGACGGACGCUCUGAUCCAGGAGACGAUCCGCAGCUCGUUCCAGGACUGCACCACGCUGACCAUCGCUCACCGGCUGCACACGGUGCUCGCCUCGGACCGCAUCAUGGUGCUCAACCAGGGCCAGGUGGUGGAGUUCGACACACCGUCCAGGCUGCUGGCCAAUGAGAACUCGCGGCUUCGCUCCAUGAUGGUCGCCGUGGAGAACAAGAUUUCAGUCCGAGGAUGA